GUUCUGGUGCUGCUGGGCUGUGGCACCGUGUCCAGCACCUGCGGUCAGCUGGCCAGCUACCCACUCGCUCUGGUCCGGACCCGCAUGCAGGCCCAAGCCUCUGUGGCCGGCGCUCCCAAGCUCUCCAUGGUGGGCCAGUUCAAGCACAUCGUCUCCCAGGAGGGCGUCCCGGGGCUGUACCGCGGCAUCGCCCCCAACUUCCUCAAGGUCAUCCCCGCAGUCAGCAUCUCCUACGUGGUGUACGAGCACAUGAAGAGGGCCCUGGGCGUGGGCUCUUAGGGAGGAGGAGGAGGAGGAGGAGGAGAGCGGAGGAGCCCCUGUGGGAUGGGAGAAUGUGAGGGAGGGGGUUUCCCGCACCCUGGCCCAAUCCCUGUGCUAGUACCCUGAAACGAACGCAGGCUGGUUCAGCAGCAUGUUCGCAGAGAAAGGGACACGUUUUCUGAGCUGUCAUCCGAGGAUCAAUGGAUCCGCGGUAGUUUCUUGUUCUUUUUGUACCAAACAGAACAAAUAUGUGGGCCAGACUUAAGACACACUUCCUGUGUUCCUGGUCGUUACCCCUGCACCUCAGGAACAGGUAACAUUAACUUUAUUGACAUCGUCACGUACAGGAGAAAUUAGAGAACAAAAACGUUUUCAACUGCCGACUGGCCAAGUGGUGAGAACAACCCUUAAUUCUGUGUGCUCUGGCUGACUUUGAGCCCGAAGGAAAUGUGAAUUUUCAAACUAAUGUGUGCAAAAUCGUGGAUGAUGAUCCUCUAGAGGGAAACCUGAAACCAAAGCAUCCCUUCAUGAUAUGUUGUGAUGUUUUGAAUGAUGAAGCCAAAAAAAAAAUCAUAUAUUUUGGUUGGGUAGAAAUAGGUGUUUCUACCCAAUACCUAUUGUUUUAUAAAAAUAAUUAUAUAAAAACACUUUCAUAUGAAGUAUGUACAUCUACAGUUUUCAUUUUAAAAUUAAUAAUUUUACAAUGCAUUCUUGGAAAUUACCGUGAAACUACAGGUUCUGUAUAAAGCUAGUAAAACUUUAUACGUAUUUUAAUAUUUGCUGCACACCUUUAUAUGCUUCGUAAUGUCAUUUCAAGGGGACUCAUUCAGGUCCAGAAUGGAUGUGAGAUGACAUACAGAACAUGUACUGAACCCAGUUUGCUGGAUUUGCACUCUUUAAAGUGAAUGUGUUUGUUCCUGCAAAGUGGUAACUACUGAAUAUGCACUGCAUGAUUGCAUUAUUACAUUUUGCAGACACUGAAAUCUGUCAUUUCAUAGGACUCUGGCUGUUUUUGUCGGAAAUGUUUCUUUUUUUUUGUGGCUGAGAGAAAAGAGGGGAACAUUUUACAAUAGGUUCUGUUGUGCCUGUUGACAAUGACAAUGACAAUGGCUGCGUGAACAUCAGUUACACGGACAACAACAACACAUUGGGAGAAUUCUGAAGUUCUGGAUGACUUGCCACCCUCACGUGACUUUUGUACACACGUCGGUAUGUGAGGAAUCGUCAGAUUCAGCUUCUCACCAGCAGACACAGGGUGUUCCCAGCCUUGACAUCGACUGGAACCUUCCACCUGAGAAUAUCCCUGCCCUGUCCGCCCCGGAGGGACAAACUCGACUGGACUUCGAGGAUGAGGUGUGGCACCGAGGUGUUUGUAGGAACAGAACCUGGAACCGCAGGGCUUGAGGUUUUAAUCCCACAUCCGGGCACUUGAAUUAAUCUCGGACAAAGCUCCUACGUGAUCCUGAAUUGCCUCAGCGAAUGCAAAGCCGUGUCUCUGACCGCGAGUGUACAUGCCGUCAGCCCCGCCCCCGGCCAUGUGAGGCUGGGAAGCCUGGAAGGCGUGAGGCACGGAGCGAGAGACUGAUCGCCGUACUGUAGGACCGUCGCUGGACCGCUGUGACCGUGCGCCACUGUGGUGGUCAGGCCUGUCGGGAUUGGCAAACACUGUUGCUCAGGCAUACCUGAAGUGUGCACAUCCACUCUGCAGCUGUUCACCGGUGUGGGACGGCGCUCUGUGUUCAGGACAAUAGUGACAUUGACUCCGGUUCAGCUGCACCACUUGAUUUGUAUAACGGGCUGCAAAGCUGAUUACAAACUGCAAUUCCAAAAACAUUGCAGCAAUUUUAAAAGUACUGUUAAAGUUUACUAAAGUCAUUCAGUCGGCACGUCUCCCUUUGCAACAAAAAUAAUAUAUUUUUUCCCAUAUAUGGAGAUCCACUUGCCAUGGCACAGGAAGAAUGACAUCAUAGUGGAUGACUGUCCUGUUAAUACUUUGAGCCUUCACAAAUACACAUAUCAGUGAUAUCAGGACAUGUCACUGGCCUAUAGAAUUGUCAAAAAGUUGCUUGAAACGCAUGGGAUAGUGAGAGAUGUAUUGAAUAUUAUAUCGAGGUGUAUUGCUAAAUAUACCUCUUAUUGCCAAUUAUGGGCUCAUUGUGAUGCAUUGGAAUAUGACCAACAGAAUGUAUUAAGCAAAAAUGACAAUGUAUCCACAUUUAUGGAAAAGAGACAUGGAGGGACAGGGAGGAGAGUGGAAAAAUGAGUGAAAAAUAGAUUAAUGAUGAGAAGAAGGGGGUAUGGGGAGGGUGCGUGAGAGUUAAAGAAAGAUGUAGGGAGCAAUGACUUCUGGCAGGACAACCUGAUGACUUGAAUGGGCUCAGUGAGAGAGUGAUCCAUCUUCCUGGAUUCUCUUAUCUUAUUUCAUUGGAACUGCUGUACUUUGAACAUGUAUAUGAAUGUUUGUGCUGACUGAAUAGUAUUUAUGGUGGAGAAUUAUCUAUGUUAUAUUAUCAGGACUGUGAAUGCUUGCUUUGAAAACCGUGGUUGUUAAUCUUUAUUCUCCAGUGAAUGGGGCAUGCCAGUGGAAUGCAUGAAGGUGGGGUUUGUGGAGGGGGUGGGGGUUUUGCUUAAGGUGAUUUAUAUUUUUGAAUAUUAGUGUGCAUUGCCAGCAUGACAGGUGCAUGUUUCAAUAAAAUGAAAAUAUUAUAGUCUUGCUUUUUAACUGCUUAGACUGCCAGGACUGUCUUGGGUGUGUAUGACUGGCACAUUUUAUCUGUUUUCGGGGGACGUCUCCCUCUCCAGGUGACAGCAGUGGUUCCUGCUUAGUUCUUUAGUCAGGUCAGGUGGUGUGCACCAUGGUUCACUGUGAACUUCCACUUGGGUACAGGGUACAUGGGAGAAAGAUGUGGGGAAAAAAGACCAUUUACUCUUGAAAUUAGCAAAUUUAACUAAUAUUAAGUAGAUGAUCCAAAAAUGUUUUGCAGGUAUACCCCACACACAGCUUACAAAAGCAGUUCAUUAACUUUGGGGGUUUAAAUAAGGGCAAAAUUGCUAUCAUUCUUAACAUUUCAUGUGAUGGUUUGUCGUGAGCUCAGAAAAAAAAUGUUCAUGAAUGAUUUUUUUUCCUGUUUCCUCGCCAAUCUGUUUUGCCCUUUCAUACUCGCACUGAAACACUGUGGCAACUUCCGCUAUCUGCUCAAGAGAGACAAGCAUGCGGCCUGCUUCAUGUCACCGCCACUUCUCUUCAGUCAACAAGGGAGGCAGCUCCCUCCAGCGGUGCCUCCAAUGGGCCCUUGCACCCACACCAGCCCAAUCCUACCCAAAAAGCUUUCAUUCCAACCAUCAGUUAUGUUAUUACACCUGAUUCUACUCAUCAACCGCUACAGUCUUUGCAAAGGGCCUGGAUGAGUAGAGUCGUGCAUGUUUCUGCUUGGUUGGAACAAACGCCUGCCCCCACGCUGGCCCUUUGUGGACGCAUGGAACACGCGGCCCCAACAGGGUGAGCCUCCCCUGCCAAUCAUGGUCUGCAUCUCACCAGCAGGGCGUAGUCUUUUUUGUCACUUGAUUUUUAAGAUACCAAAUGUGUUACAUUACUGCUAUUCACACACACACACACACACACACAAAAGGUGGCCAUGCACUGAAGGAAAGGAAAUAGUCUGGUUUUCUGUCCAAGAUACACUGCUCAACCAGUACCUUGAGCAAAGCAGCAGCUAAUUUCAAUCUAAAUAUACUUUGGUAGAAACUUAGCUAAAGUUCUGUUGUGGCACCCGACACCUGCCAAUUCAAAUGUUCAAAUGGAGCAUUUAUUUUAGCACAACCUUCACCUAACUUAUGGUUUACUAUAAUGA